GGUGUCCUGAGUGGCUGGGUGGGUCCGUGGAUGUCAGUCUUGGUGUAUUCGUGGGAGAGGGUGAGCUGCCAGCAUCCUUCUACUCCGCCAUCUUGGACGCAUCUCAGCUUGGAUAUUUUAAGUGUGACACACCAGCUGCUACACGUCUUCACCAUUGCUAAGAAGGCCUCUGCUGUUACCCUGGUGUGAAAACACAUCUGCAGUUUCCCGAAAAUGGAGCAUCUCAACGUUACUUAAUGCACCCUGCUCCGAAGCGUGGCUGGCGAGCGCCGUUGGCCUUGUUUAUUUAAGAAGACUGUAUCAGGAGGAGAAUGCUUUUUUGUAAACAUGCAUUGCCUGGCUCUUUCCCUGGGCUUCUUGUUGCCUGUCCCGGAAACACUGCUCUUGGCCUAUCUAGCGUUCCUGCCGUGGGCCGACUCGCGGGGCCUCUUCCCCAGGCUGGAGAAUGUAGGCGCUUUCAAGAAGGUUUCAGUUGUGCCAGCCCAGGCCACGUGUGGACUCCCGGCGCGGAGCAUGUUUUGUCAGAGCCCGGCGGCUGCGGAAAGCCUGCGGUUCUGCAGCCAGCGGGUCUGCGUGCAGGACUGCCCCUACCGGUCCGCGUCCCCGGACCCCACCGCCCUCUUUGCAGCCGGCCUCGGGAGCUGCAUCACGGUGGACCGGCGUGAUCUGCGGCCCAAUUCCCAGAGCAAUUCUUCGAGUUUCAUCUUCGGAAGUCACAAGAAGUGCUUUGCUUCUCCUCCUGCUCCGCUUCUGGUGGCAUCAUUUACUCUAGCUGUGUGGCUGAAACCCGAGCAAGAAGGUGUAAUGUGUAUUAUAGAAAAGACGGCGGAGGGGCAGAUUGUGUUCAAGCUUACAAUAUCUGAGAAAGAGACCGUGUUUUAUUAUCGCACAGUAAAUGGUUUGCAGCCUCCAAUAAAAAUAAUGACACUGGGGAGAAUUCUUGUGAAGAAAUGGAUUCAUCUUAGUGUGCAGGUACAUCAGACAAAAAUCAGUUUCUUCAUCAAUGGUUUGGAAGAGGAUUAUACAGCUUUUGAUACAAGAAUGCUAAGUGGUUCAGUUAUGGAUGUUGCCUCUGGUGCUAUGCAAAUAGGACAGAGUUUAAAUGGUUUAGAGCAGUUUGUUGGAAGAAUGCAAGAUUUUCGAUUAUACCAAGUGGCACUUACAAACAGAGAGAUUCUGGAAGUUUUCUCUGGACAGCUGCUCAGAUUGCACAUCCAGUCACAUUGCCGCUGCCCUGGGAGCCACCCUCGGCUCCAUCCUCUGGAACAGCGAUACUGCAUUCCUAACGACGCAGAAGACACAACCAGUGACAGGGUAUCCCGGCUGAAUCCUGAAGCCCAUCCUCUGUCUUUUGUCAAUGAUAACAAUAUUGCUACUUCGUGGGUUUCACACGUGUUUACCAACAUUACCCAGCUUAAUCAAGGAGUGACUAUUUCCAUAGAUUUGGAAAAUGGACAGUAUCAGGUGUUUUAUAUUAUCAUCCAGUUCUUUAGUCCACAACCAACAGCAAUAAGGAUUCAAAGGAAGAAAGAGGACAGCCUUGACUGGGAGGAUUGGCAGUAUUUUGCUAGAAAUUGCAGUGCUUUCGGAAUGAAGAACAAUGGAGAUUUGGAAAAUCCUGAUUCUGUCAACUGUCUUCAGCUUUCCAAUUUUACUCCGUAUUUCCGUGGUAAUGUCACCUUUAGCAUCCUGACACCUGGACCACAUCAUCGUCCUGGAUACAAUAAUUUCUAUAAUACCCCAUCUCUUCAAGAGUUUGUAAAAGCCACACAAGUACGACUUCAUUUCCAUGGACAGUACCACACAACUGAGACUUCUGUCAGCCCCAGACACAGAUACUAUGGGGUUAAUGAAAUCACCGUCACUGGAAGGUGCCAGUGCCAUGGUCAUGCUGAUAACUGUGACACGACAAGCCGACCCUACCGAUGCCUCUGCUCUCAGGAAAGCUUCACUGAAGGACUUCAGUGUGAUCGCUGCUUGCCUCUUUAUAAUGACAAGCCUUUCCGCCAAAGUGAUCAAGUUCACGCUUUCCAUUGUAAACCAUGUGAAUGCAACAGCCACUCUAGAAGCUGCCACUACAAUGUCUCUGUGGACCCAUUUCCACUUGAGCACCACAGAGGGGGUGGAGGAGUUUGUGAUGACUGCAAGCACAACACUGCAGGAAAGAACUGUGAGCUGUGUAAGGAUUACUUUUUCCGACAAGUUGGUGCAGAUCCUUCAGCCAUAGAUGUUUGCAAACCCUGUGACUGUGAUGAAGUUGGCACUAGAAACAGUAGCCUUCUUUGUGAUCAGAUCGGAGGCCAGUGUAAUUGUAAGAGACAUGUGUCUGGCAGACAGUGCAAUCAGUGCCAGGAUGGAUUCUACGGUCUCCAGGAGUGGGAUCCUGAUGGCUGCCGUCCGUGCGACUGCAGUACCUCUGGGACAGUGGAUGGAGAUAUUACCUGUCACCAAAAUUCAGGCCAGUGCAAGUGCAAAGCAAAUGUUAUUGGGCUUAGGUGUGAUCAUUGCAAUUUUGGAUAUAAAUUUCUCCAAAGUUUUAAUGAUGAUGGAUGUGAGCCCUGCCAGUGUAACCUCCACGGCUCAGUGAACAAACUCUGCAACCCACUUUCUGGGCAGUGUGAGUGCAAGAAAGAAGCCAAAGGACUUCAGUGUGACACCUGCAGAGAGCACUUUUAUGGACUGGACUCCGCCGGCUGUAAGGCCUGUGACUGCCACAUCGCUGGAUCCCUGCCCGGGACCGUCUGUGAUGCUCGGACAGGACAGUGCGUCUGUAAGCCCAGUGUUGGAGGGAGACGGUGCAAUGAAUGCGUGGAGGGGUACUUCUACCUACAGCAAAAUCAUUCUUUCCUCUGUCUGCCUUGUAACUGUGAUAAGACGGGGACAGUCAAUGGCUCUCUGCUAUGUGACAAAUCAACAGGACAAUGUCCUUGCAAAUUAGGAGUAACAGGUCUUCGCUGUAAUCAGUGUGAGCCUCACAGGUACAAUUUGACCAUUGGCAGAUUUCAAGACUGCCAGAUGUGUGAGUGUGAUGCCUCGGGGACGUUACCUGGGACCAUUUGUGACCCAGUCAGUGGCCAGUGCCUGUGUUUGCCUAAUCGUCAAGGAAGAAGGUGUAACGAGUGUCAAACAGGUUUUUAUAUUUCUCCGGGCAAUGCCACUGGCUGCCUGCCGUGUUCCUGCCACACAGCUGGUGCAGUUAAUCACAUCUGCGAUAGCUUGACUGGCCAGUGCGUUUGCCAAGAUGCCUCCAUUGCUGGGCAAGGUUGUGACCAUUGUAAGGACCUUUACUUUGGAUUUGAUCCUCAGACUGGAAGAUGUCAGCCUUGCAAUUGUCAUCUCUCAGGAGCCUUGAAUGAAACCUGUCACUUGGUCACAGGCCAGUGUUUCUGUAAACGAUUUGUCACUGGCUCAAAGUGUGAUACUUGUGUUCCCAGUGCAAGCCAUUUGGAUAUCAACAAUCCACUGGGCUGCAGCAAAACUCCAUCCCAGCAACCUCCACCCAGAGGACAAGUUCAAAGUUCUUCUGCCAUCAGUCUUUCCUGGAGUCCACCUGAUUCUCCAAAUGCCCACUGGCUUACUUACAGUUUAUUCAGGGAUGAUUUUGAAAUCUACACAACUGAGGAUCAGUACCCAUACAAUGUUCAGUACUUCUUAGACACAGCCCUGUUUCCGUACACCUCCUAUUCCUACUACCUGGAGACCAGCAGUAUGCACGGUUCCACAAGGAGUGCGGCUGUCACCUACAGGACGAGUCCCGGGGCCCCAGAAGGAAGCUUGAACUUAAGUUACAUCGUUCCUAUUAGCUCAGACACUGUGACUCUCACCUGGACUGUUCCGUCAAGUCGCUCUGGUCCUAUAGAGAAGUAUAUUUUGUCCUGUGCUCCUUUAGACGGCGGCCAGCCGUGUGUUUCCUAUGAAGGUCAUGAAACCACAGCUACCAUCUGGAAUCUGGUUCCCUUCACCAAAUACCAUUUUUCUAUACAGGCGUGUACCAGUGGAGGCUGUUUACACAGCUCGCCUCUUACGGUGACCACGGCCCAGGCACCCCCCAGAAGACUGGGUCCCCCAGAGGUGCAGACCAUCAGUUCCACUGAGCUCCAUGUAGCAUGGGCUCCACCAAUGGAACCAAAUGGCAUAGUUAUAAGAUAUGAACUAUACAUGAAAAGACUGGGAUCUAAUGGAGAAACCAGGUCAGAAGAAAGUCGAGUUUUUCAGAGCAGUGGCUGGCUCAGCCCUCACCCAGCUGCGGAAUCAACCAAUGAAAAUGCGUUAGAACCUCCCCAGACAACCACAGUCAUUGCUGGCUUGGAACCAUACACCAAGUAUGAGUUUAGAGUCUUAGCUGUAAAUAUGGCUGGGAGUGUGUCUUCUGCCUGGACCACGGGAAGAACGGGAGAAUCAGAGCCUGUGUUCAUGACUCCUCCUUCCGUCUCCCCGCUCUCACCGGACUCUCUCAACGUGUCCUGGGAGAUGCCAGCAGAUAACGUUACGAGAGGGAACGUCGUGGGGUAUAAUGUCAGUAUGGCUUCUGCGUCACCUCAACAGUCUAGUUCGCUGGUACGUUCAUGGGUGUUAUAUACCGCUCAAUCCCAAGAACUGUCUUACAUUGUAAAAGGACUGAAACCAUAUAGGAUAUACAACUUUACUGUUUCUCUCUGCAAUUCAGUGGGUUGUGUAACCAGUGCUCCAGGUACAGGACAGACUUUAGCAGCAGCGCCAGCCCAGCUGCAGCCGCCUCUGGUUGAAGGAAUCAACAGCACAGCCGUCCACCUUCGGUGGCUCCCACCUGAAGAACAGAAUGGACCCUCCCCUAUCUAUCAGCUGGAAAGGAGGGAGGCAUCUCUGCCAGCUUCGGGGGCCACGAUGAUGAAAGGAACUCGUUUCGUAGGAAAUGGAUAUUACAAAUUUCCUAGCUCCACUCACCCAGUCAAUACAGACUUCACUGGUAAGUGCUUGACAUUGUUUUAA